GAAAUCAAAGAUUUAAAAAACCAAACACAAAUUUUAAAUAAAAUUAAUAAACAUUCUGCUGACCGACUGAUUACUGCUAACAAGAAAAAUAUUUUACUAGAAAACCAAGUGCAAAAAGGAAAAGAAAGUAAAAAUCCUCUCCAGACUACUAAAGAAGCUAUGGUAGAAGCAACCUUGAAGUUAAAAAUUAAACCUGAUUUAUGUCUGGUGGACAGCAAGGAGGAAAUUAUAGAGAUAUUACUGUAG